UACACACACUGAUACAUCCCCCUCUCCUUCUCUCUCUCUUUCUGAAACUUGUUAACUGUUUUCAUGGAAGAAGAAGAAAAAGGUAAGCUAGUCCAUAAUCAGGCCGGGAGAAGAAAACUCUUAUUUUCUGAGUUAUUCAAAGGCGAUGAUUCCGGAAAACAUACAAAAUCAGGAUCAUCUAUCUCUACUGAUUUCUCUUCCUCAGGAUCAUCUAUCUCCGAUACCACUCCUAAUUGUUCCGUUCUCGGAUCUCAACUUAGUGAAGAAGAAGAUGAAUGCGAUACGGAUCUCAUUUCUGAACUCAAUCGCCAAAUGGCCGACUAUAUGCUUCAAGACGAAGAAGACGAAAUCCUGCUUCGAAACCCUAGUAUUCACAGUUUCGAAUCUAAUCAAUUCCGUAAUAUGAAUCACCGAUUGUUGUUGAAUAAGGAAACUCAUCAUGACUGGAGAAAUGAAGACGGAUCCAAGCCAUAUGGUGAUAGCAACCAGAGGAAGGAUCUUCUGCAAAACGGGUCGGGUAUGAGGUCACUAUUCGCAAGGGGAUCCGCCCCAAACAGUGCAUCUUUUGGGACAGGUGUAUUCUUGCCACGUGGAAUUACCCCUAGAAAAUCGUCUCAUCAUCGCAAUAAAAAGUCAGGGUGCUCCACAGUUCUUAUACCAGCAAGAGUGUUACAAGUUUUACAACAGCACCACUUUGCAAAUUCCAAUAUCAUACCCGAAAUAAUUCAUACCAAUGGUUUAAUGACUCAUUACCCUUUUCUAAUAGGUAACGCCACGGGAAUUGUGAUGAGUUUACAACAAAAACAACAACAAAAUCAGCAGCUUGGAGAACAACAUUUGGAGGUGUCUCUCCCCAAUGAAUGGAUCUAUUGAAACUCGGAUAUCAUCAAGCUUCAUGUGUAAAAUUAUAAUGUUCCCACUUCCCAAGAAGAUAUUUCGGUUUAGUUAUUUUUUUUAAUGAAAAAUAAGAAUAAAUACGGAAUGGGAGAGAUUGUUUAUUGUAAUAAUUUCCCCCGAUAAGAUGGGUAUGUAAAAAGAACGGGUGGGGUUGAGAAUAAAUGGAUGUAUGAAUGUUUGAUUUGCUUUGUAGUAGAAGCUAGCAAUUAAGUAGGGUUGUAUAAAUGGAUGUAGAAUGUUUGAUUUCUUUGUAGUAGAAGUUAGCAAUUAAGGAGGGUUGUAGAAUAGAUGCAUGUAUAGAUUUAUGUUAUUGAUUGCAAGUUUUAUUAAUUAAAUUUCUUUUCAUUUUAUGAAAUGUUUUAUUUUUAUUUUUAA